CAGCCGAUGGGGCCGGAGGAAGAGGAAGGGGUGGAGCGGCGGCGCGGCUCUCCGCGGAGCUGUCAGCGCCCGGCGGGGCGAGCGGGCGGCCCCCCGCGCUGUCCCCGCGGCCUCGAGCCCGGCCGGGGCCCAGAGCGGCGGCGGCGGGGCCGGGACAGGCGGCCUGCGCGGCGGGCGAUGCCGGGCCCCGGGGUCACUCCCGGCCGGGGCUGCGCCCGGGCCGGCGGCGGGGAGCGGCGGCCGGACGGACCCCGCGGGGCCCCGCGCCUGGGGAGCCUGGGCAUGGCGCUGGCGCUGGCCCUCCUCCCCGCCCUGGCUCUCCGGACCCCCGCGGCGGCCCACCCGCUCCCCGCCCAAGGCCUUUUCGCCAGUUUCGGCGGCCUGGUGUCCCAGGACGGGGGCACCUUUGGAUGGAGGAACCUCACCUGCCCGGCCUGCAAAAGCCUCUUCACCGUCCUCGACUUCGGGCUGCAGAAAGAGAAUAACGUGGCCCGGGUGGGCUCCCUGGCCACCAAGCUGUGCCAGCUGCUGAAGAUCGCACCCCCGGCCGUGUGCCAGUCGGCUGUCCAGCUCUUCGAGGACGACGUGGUGGAGGUGUGGAGACGCUCGGUGCUGAGCCCGUCGGAGGCCUGCGGCCUGCUCCUGGGCCCCAGCUGCGGGCACUGGGACAUCUUCUCCUCCUGGAACAUCUCUCUGCCCGCCGUGCCCAAGCCGGCUCCCCGGCCGCCUGACCCGCCGGCCCCGGGGGCCCCCGUCAGCCGGGUCCUCUUCCUCACGGACCUGCACUGGGAUCGGGACUAUCUGGAGGGCACGGACCCCGACUGCGGAGACCCGCUGUGCUGCCGCCGGGGCUCCGGCCCACCACCCCCCUCCCGCCAGGGCGCCGGGUACUGGGGCGAGUACAGCAAGUGCGACCUGCCCCUGCGGACGCUGGAGAGCCUGCUGAGCGGGCUGGGCCCCGCCGGCCCUUUCGAUAGGGUGUACUGGACGGGAGACAUCCCCGCCCACAACGUCUGGCACCAGUCCCGCCAGGACCAGCUGCAGGCCCUGACCACCGUGACGGCCCUCGUGAAGAAGUACCUGGGGCCCGUGCCCGUGUACCCUGCCGUGGGCAACCACGAGAGCACGCCCGUCAACGGCUUCCCGCCCCCCUUCAUAGAGGGCAACCACUCUUCCCGCUGGCUCUACGAGGCCAUGGCCGAGGCCUGGGGGCCCUGGCUGCCUGCGGAGGCCCUUCACACCCUCAGAACUGGGGGGUUCUAUGCCCUUUCCCCAAGCCCCGGCCUCCGCCUCAUCUCUCUCAAUAUGAAUUUUUGUUCCCGUGAGAACUUCUGGCUCUUGAUCAACUCCACAGAUCCCGCUGGGCAGCUCCAGUGGCUGGUGGGGGAGCUUCAGGCCGCCGAGGAUCAAGGAGACAAGGUGCACAUAAUCGGCCACAUCCCCCCAGGGCACUGCCUGAAAAGCUGGAGCUGGAAUUACUACCGGAUUAUAGCCAGGUACGAGAACACCGUGGCCGGUCAGUUCUUUGGCCACACCCACGUGGAUGAGUUUGAAAUCUUCUAUGACGAGGAGACCCUGAGCCGCCCGCUGUCUGUAGCCUUCCUGGCGCCCAGUGCCACCACCUACAUCAGCCUGAAUCCCGGUUACCGGGUCUACCUGACAGACGGCAACUACCCCGGGAGCUCUCACGUGGUCCUGGAUCACGAGACCUACAUUCUGAACCUGACCCAAGCCAACGAGCCGGGGGCCACGCCGCACUGGCAUCUCCUCUACCGGGCUCUCCAGACCUACGGGCUGCCCAACGCGCUGCCCGCCGCCUGGAACGACCUGGUGUACCGCAUGCGGGGCGACACGCAGCUGUUCCAGACCUUCUGGUUCCUCUACCAUAAGGGCCACCCGCCCUCCGAGCCCUGUGGCACGCCCUGCCGCCUCGCCACCCUGUGCGCCCAGCUCUCCGCCCGCUCCGACAGCCCUGCCCUGUGCCGCCACCUGGUGCCCGACGCGAGCGUCUCCGACCUCCGGAGGCAUCCGCGAAGGCCGCUCUGCUAGCGCCCACUCUGGCUGGCAUCGUCUCCGUUGGGAAAGGGCGUGUCUUAGGAAGGGAGCAGAAGCCCCUGAAGGCCGCCGUGGUGAGAAACGUCGGUGAAGAGCCCGGUGAAGAGCCGUUGCUGGGCCCCAAGUUCAGCUCCUUGCCUGGAGCCGGGGUGGCAAGACAUGGACGGGGAUUAGCGGCUCCCCCUGUCGGAAGCUGUCCUUUCACAGACUAGGAGCAGAGGCCUCCGUGGGCAGCGCCCUGGUCAGACCAGACGGGGGCUGUCGCCCCAGGCCCGAGCUGGCCAGCCAGGAACACUUCUGCUGCUGCUGUCUGGCUGCCAGGCGGUUAAUAAAGCUAAGAGACGUGGACUCCA